GAGCUUGGAUAGAAUGAGGAAAGAAAAAGAAGAAAGGGGAAGAAAGAGGGUGGAGAGAGGGCAGAGAGAAGACAGAAAGAUAAAAGAAAAAGGAACAAGAAGAAACAGGUAGGGAUCAAAGGGGAAUGGGAGAGGAAAGAAAAUGAAAAGAACAUGGACACAACGAGAAAAGAAAGAGAAGAGAGGGGAAAAAAGAAGGAGGAGAGAGGGCAAAGAGAGGAGAGAAGGAUUAAAGGAAAGGAAAAAAAGAAAUAAGUAGGAAUGGAAAUGGAAUGGGAGAGGAAAGAAAGUGGAAAGAACAUGGAUGUAGAAAACAGAUUGUUUUUAAUCUUAUUUACUUGUUGUUGUUUUUCAGUAGAACUAUUUUGGACUUUUGACCCUGCUAUUAUUAGAAACUUUUAGCAUUGUUUAGGCAUGUCCUCGGGGACACGUGACAUUUCUUCUCGUUAUAAGCGUGUCUUCGAGGAUUUGCAUUAUAGCCCUAUAUAAGCUUUGGGCGUGUUUUACCCAGUAAGAAGAGAGAACAACAUCGAUAUUAGUACGUGCGAUAUUAGUAGUACUGUUGCUUAGAUAAUGCUAUGCUACGAGGUCAAAUAAAUACGAACAAUUAUCAAGAUAGAAAGAACGCCAGCGUUGUUUUUGCUUAGUGGAAACUGGGUUCAUUUCUGAUUAGUUCGUGCCCUCCUCAGUAGCAGAUUUGCUUUGAAGCUACAUCAGUUCGUAUUUGACAACAAGAGAUAAUGGCGUUUUGUGGUGCUGAUAGUAUCGAUACUGAGCAUGUCCGACAUUUAAAGAAAAUGAGAGCCAAUGCAAAACGAGAGCUUACGAAAGUUCUGAAUCGUGUUGCUGAUUGCUUGACUACUGAACAAACCGUAGACGAUGUGAGAGUUGCCGAAGCCAGGCUCAACGAAACUUUCGAUCAUUUCAAAGUGGCAUGUCAAGAAUACAAAGCUGUAAUGGUUGACGAAGAUGAUAUUGAAGAAUGCCUCGCGUACACACACGAAGCUGAAAGAAGAUAUUAUGAUAUCAAGGAAAGAGUAUCGUUGUUAACACAACCCCUUUCUACAUCAACAGAGAUGCUGAAGGCUGAAAUCAGUCCCGAAGACUCGGUGAGCGAAAUAAUUUCUCAUUCUUGCGUCACUUCAAUGUGUUCUAAGAACUCAAAGAAAUCGAGCAGAUCUACCCUUCAGGAUAUGAUGUUGAAGAAUGCUGUAACAAAGGCAUCCUUGCUUGCAGAGGCGUCAACAUUUGAAGAGUGUCAAAACAUUGCUCAUGAAGAACUACGAUUAAGUCAAAGAAAGAAGAGGCUGGCGCUAGACAUGAAACUUGCAAAAAUCGAGGCUGAAGAAAAAGUUUACACAGGUUUCGCCAUGGCAACCGGAUCACAAGACGAGGCGUAUGGUCAAUUACCAAGAGACGUGGGAUCUAAGAACACGUGUCAGCAAAUUAGAGGCGAGUUAAGAAAAAGUCAAAAUAUGGAAUUCGGCUCACAAGUACAAAGGAAGCCAACAAAAACAGGAAUCAUAGGUGAGCAAACAUUUAAACAAUUUUCAGAAUUUGGCUAUCCCCAACAAGAACGUCAGUUGAACCCACAUGCUCCACCUUGGAAGUCACCCCUGCAACAAGAUUUUACUGAUGAAACAUGUGCCAACCCGACAUUAAAUGGCGAAGAUUACCUUGAGACAAUGAAGAAAUUAGCAGUUGCUGCACUUUUACCAAAAUCUGAAAUCAGUAUGUUCGAUGGCAACCCCUUGAAGUAUUUUCUUUUCAUACGAUCUUUUCAGAAUAAUGUUGAGAAUGACACUUGUGAUUUUAGCAAACGGUUGCAGCUUUUAGUUCAGUUUUGUACAGGCAAAGCAAGAAGAGCAAUAGAAGGAUGUAUUCUUCUCGAACCUCGGGAUGGAUACUUGAAGGCAAAACAAAUCUUGGCUGAACGCUUUGGUGAUGCAUAUACUGUAUCAGACUCGUGGUUAAAGAAAGUAUCCUGUGGUCCUGUGAUAAAGCCUGGUGACAGAGAAGGCUUGCAAGAAUUAGCAGAUGACCUCGAGAACUGCGAGAUGACUCUGAAGGCUGCAGGCAGAUUGACACAGCUAAACAAUGAAGACCGAUUGGUGAAAGUCCUAGAGCGAUGUCCAAACUUUGUGAAGUCCCGUUGGCAAUCUCGUGUCCAGGAGAUCAGAUCGUAUCAUAGAGAGCCUACAGUUGAAGAUGUACGGCGCUUGAUCAGAACAAUAUCAAAGGAAAAGAACGACCCCGUUUUUGGUGCUAUCAUGGACAAUGUUAACAGGGAACAGUCAUCACGAAAUGACAAGAACAGAAGAUCAAAUGCGACAUAUCCGCAGCGAAGCUUGAAUUACAGUAUUCAGACUUAUGACAAGAAGCCAAAUGUCACUUCACCAGAUGUGCGAUGUUAUUUCUGUGAGAGAAACCAUAAAUUGGCAAGUUGCGUGGAAUUCAAGAAGAAAUCUGGUGAGGAACAGUUUAAUUUCAUUCGUUCAAAGAAGCUCUGUGAUAAUUGUCUAUCAUCAUUUCACUUCUCCGCUGGUUGCAAACAAAGAAAAGCCUGUACAGUGCCAGAAUGUAAUCUACGACGCAAACAUUUGACAGGAAUACAUGACUCUGUGGUGGCAUACGAGAAACGGCGUAAGGAUGAAAGCGGAAAAUAUGCAGAUAACGAAGCUCGCAGAAGAGAUUCGAGUCCAGACAAUGAUAAGUUUGUUGGAGUAACACGAUGUAACGAUCAAGAAGGCGACAACGUUGGAUUACCAAUAGUUCCAUUAAUGGUAAAAGGGACAGGAAGUGACAAAUUAUUUAAAACAUAUGCACUCCUUGACAGUGGAUCUACUGCCUCAUUUUGUAGUGAAGCCCUCUUGGAUAAACUUGGUGUGACUGGAAGAAAGUGUGAAUUGUCAGUCGCUACGAUCAAUGGUUCAAAAACAUAUUGUCAGACGUCAGUUGUUAGUUUGGAAGUGAUGGAUCUUGAGGAAACAAAGCACCUUCAGAUGCCUAAUGUAUUUUCUACAAAAAUGUUGAAUAUUCCAACAUCAGCUUUGGCUUGUCAAGAAGAUGUCAAAAGAUGGCCGCACUUAGAAGGGAUAACGUUACCCGGUACUAUUAACGAUGGUGUAGUGAGUUUGCUGAUUGGCAUGGAUGUACCAAAUGCUUUGCAGCCACUAGAGGUGCAAAAAAGUGAAAAUGGUGGUCCGUAUGCAGUAAAGACAAUGUUUGGUUGGACAUUUAAUGGACCCAUUGGUGUUUCUUCCAAACAAGGUAAUCAUUGCUUUCAUUCCAAUACUGUUUCCUCUGAUAAUCAUCUUUAUGAUCAGUUGAAGAAGUACUUCAAUCAAGAGUUUGAAGAGUCAAUUGUUGAUAACAAGAAAAUGAUGUCUGUAGAAGAUUCCAGAGCUCUUGCUGUAUUUGAGAAUUCUGUAUGUUUACACGAAGGCCAUUACCAUAUUGCAAUUCCGUGGAAGCACAAUCCUCCAAAUCUACCAAAUAAUCGACCAAUGGCACAGAAAAGGCUGGAAUACUUGAGAUGUCGGCUGGAAAGAGAUCCAGAUCUAAAACAGCGAUAUAGCAAUUUCAUUGACGAUUUACUUGAAAAGGAUUACGCCAGACAAGUUCCAGAAGCAGAAAUAGAAGUGAGCAACGGCAAAUUAUGGUACCUGCCACACCAUAGCGUGAAGCAUGCGAAGAAACCAGACAAAGUCAGAAUUGUGUUCGACUGUGCUGCAAAGUACAAGAAUGUUUCUUUGAAUGAAAAUGUUCUUCAAGGUCCUGACUUGACAAACUCACUCAUUGGUGUCUUAUGCAGAUUUAGAAGUGAACCCAUUGCCCUCAUGGCGGACGUUGAAGCAAUGUUUCAUCAAGUACGUGUGACUUCUGAUGACGUUAGUGCAUUGAGAUUUCUAUGGUAUCCACGAGGCAAUUUGAAGAUGGAACCUGUGGAAUAUCAGAUGAUGGUACACAUAUUUGGAGGGGUAUGGUCUCCAAGCUGUGCGACGUUUGCCUUGCGAAGAGUUGCUGAAGAUAACUCCAGAUUUUACAACGAUGAAGUGAUUCAGACAGUGCAAAGAAACUUUUAUGUGGAUGAUCUUCUCAAAGCUACAAAGGAUGCAAAUAAAGCAAUCAUAAUGCAAAAACAGCUCACCGAUUUGCUGGCGAGAGGAGGAUUCCAUCUGACAAAAUGGAUGAGCAACUGUCGAGAGGUCAUAGAUGCAAUACCAGAAAAUGAAAGAUCAAAGGAACUAAAAAAUGUUCAUCUCGAGGCUGACAAGCUCCCGACUGAAAGAGCUCUUGGGUUGCAGUGGAAUGUAGAAACAGAUGCUUUCACAUUUAAUAUCAGCAUGAAAGAUAAAUCAAGAACCAGAAGAGGAAUGUUAAGUAUUAUUACAUCUGUUUAUGAUCCACUUGGGUUUAUUUCGCCAUUCAUCUUGACAGCAAAGACAAUUCUUCAGCGUUUAUGCAUGGAAAAUGUAGGCUGGGACGAGCAAGUAACUGGUCGCAAUCUCGAGGAAUGGCAAAAUUGGUUGCAAGAUCUAACAAAAUUGGAGCGCAUUGAAGUGAAAAGAUGUUAUUCAAAUUCAGGAAUCAGCAAUUCAGUCAAAAAUCAGCUGCAUCAUUUCAGUGAUGCCUCCGAAAUUGGAUAUGGAGUGGCAACGUACCUGCGAUCUGUAAACAAAGAUGGUGAAGUUUCGUGCUCAUUUGUUAUUGCGAAGUCAAGACUAACCCCCCUGAAACGAAUUACAAUCCCAAGGCUAGAGCUGACUGCUGCAACACUUUCUGUAAAGUUGGAUAGCAUGCUCAAACGUGAAUUGGACAUGAAACUAGGUGAGUCGGUAUUUUGGACAGAUAGCACUGCUGUAUUACGCUAUAUAGCGAAUGAAAGCAGAAGAUUUCAUACAUAUGUUGGGAACAGAAUUGCAGUGAUACACGAUGGGUCCAGUCCAUCUCAAUGGCGAUAUGUUGAUACAAGUUUAAAUCCAGCAGAUGAUGCAUCCAGAGGUCUCAGUGCUGACGGUUUAAUAAAUAGUCGUACAUGGUUAUAUGGCCCAAAAUUUCUGCAAAAGGAAGAGAAUGAGUGGCCAAAGGGCGUGUUUAUUGAAGAUUUGACUGAAGAUGACGUCGAAGUCAGAAAGGUUGUACUAACAAAUUCAGUGCAAAUCAACUCAUCAAAAG